AUGGGUGUUCCUUAUGAAAAAAUGUCAACAAUUGAAACUCCAUCAUCGUCAGCUGUUUUAGUUGAUGGACCAGUUGAUGUUCAACAACCAGCUGUUCGUAUUCGUCAUUAUUUUGUAUUUUCACUUUUUUCGGCUAUUUGUUUAUGUCCAGCAACAGGUCUUAUUGCAUUGGCUUAUUCAUUAAAAAGUUCAGCUAAAGCUGACGUAAAAUUUCAUGAUAAAGCUCGACUUUAUGCUCGUCGUGCGUUACUUUGGAAUUUAAUUUCCGUUAUUCUUGUUUUGGCUUUUUUUUAUUAUUUCAAUCAAAUGGUAAAAGUCUAUGGAAAUACAAUGGACGAUAUGUUUCAAAAACAACGUUCAAAUGAAAUAAAUAAUGAAAUUAAUCGAAUGAUUCAAUCAUUCACAAAUGAAUAA